AUGAAGGGCCAAGAUGGCUUGUCGUCAUCCUUUGUGGAGACCAUAGCAGGGUUCACUGCAGGGGUUGUCACAACACUCUGCCUGCAUCCACUUGAUCUAGUGAAGACCAGACUCCAAGUUGAUCGCACAUCUACAUCGCAUUUCGGUAGCUCUCUACGAAUAAUGAACCAUAUUGCUCGAAAUGAGGGGGGCUUGGUUGCUUUUUACCGCGGAUUAGCUCCGAACCUCGUCGGGAACUCUACAAGCUGGGCCUUGUAUUUCCUUUUCUAUGGCAGUUUUAAGAAUGCCCUCGGCUCAUAUAAAGGAGGCCCACGAGGGCUCACUGCCUCCGAUUAUUUUCUGGCUUCUGGCACUGCAGGUGCUCUCACCUCAAUCCUAACGAAUCCGAUUUGGGUCAUCAAGACCCGAAUGCUUGCUACUGGUUCCCAGGCCCCAGGGGCAUAUCCUUCCUUUGUAUCAGGCGCAAAGCAGAUUUACUGUACAGAGGGUAUUCCGGGAUUCUAUCGUGGUCUUGUUCCCGCCUUAUUCGGAGUCAGCCACGGUGCUCUCCAAUUCAUGGCAUAUGAGCACUUGAAAAAAUGGCGCUCUAGGCCCGUACAGGAUGGGUCUGGAGACGUGCAGAAUAAUACAAAGGCGCGACAAUUGGGCAAUAUAGAUUUUCUGGCUCUAUCUGGCCUUUCCAAGCUCUUUGCUGGUUGUGCCACAUACCCGUACCAGGUUAUCAGGUCUCGUUUACAGACCUAUGAGGCACACUUGUUGUAUAGUGGUGCCACAGAUGCCAUGAAGCAGGUUUGGCGCCACGAAGGGCUUGUGGGAUUCUAUAAAGGCAUGGGGCCCAAUCUCUUGCGUGUACUGCCAAGUACUUGGGUCACCUUUUUGGUUUAUGAAAACAUGAAGGAAGUCCUACCUAGUUUGUUAGGACAAGUCGGGUAA